AUGGAGGCCGAAACGCUCGACCAAAUGCAGGCGCGACACCGCAAGGAGCAGCGCGACCUCGUCGGACGAAUCACCAGCAAAAAGAAGAACGCGACGAAGAAGACGCGCAAGGGCGUCAACGAGGAAUGCGCUGAAAUGGAGAGGCGGCUCAAAGAGCAACAAGAAGAGGAGCUCGCUGCCCUGAUCGGCGGGGGUGCAGCCGUCGAAGCAGGCACCGAGGAGGAAGACGCGACGACAAAUGACGAUACCGCCGAGGUCGCCGAAAAGCUCAAGGAGACUUCCAUCUCGGAGCCCGUACCGCCCACACCGCCGGCCGAAGACGAGCCCUCAACACAAGGCCAGGGACAAGGCAAGAAGCGCAACAGGCAAAAGGAACGGAUGGCGCGGCGCGCGGCAGAGCUCGAGGCCGCUGCCAUCAAGGCCGAGGAAGAGGCGCGGAACAUGACGGACCACCGCGGCGCCGAGAAGACCUACAUGCUCAAGGAGUUCAAGACGCACUCCCUUGCCGAGAAGGAGAUCGCUCCCGACGGGCAUUCUCGCGCAAAAAGGCAUCCCGCUAGCCCCGACGCUGCGCCCAACGUACAGCCGUACAAGAUUGUGCGGAGGGCAGCGGCGGAAUGGAUGACGAGCCACCCGGACGACUUUGCGCCGUUCCUCGAGGAUGACCUGGAGGCGUAUGCACAGAAGAUUCGGGACACGGCGGAGUGGGGCGGGCAGCUGGAGCUCGCGGCGCUGGCGAACGUGUACGGGGUCGAGAUCCGAGUCGUGCAGGACGGGCGUACGGAAAGGAUUGGGCCGAGCGCCGGAGACGAUGUCGACGGCGCCGCCAGCGAGGAGCCCGGGACGGGGAAGGAGAUUUGGCUGGCAUAUUAUCGACAUGGGUACGGGCUAGGCGAGCAUUACAACUCUCUGCGGAAGACGGCAUGA